CGGCUCCCGCCGCUUCCCGGCGGCAUGGCCGUGUUCCACGACGAGGUGGAGAUCGAGGACUUCGAGUACGACGAGGAGACCGGGACCUACAGCUACCCGUGCCCCUGCGGGGACCGAUUCCUCAUCACGCGGGAGGACCUGGAGAACGGGGAGGACGUGGCCACCUGCCCCAGCUGCUCCCUGAUCCUGCGCGUCAUUUACGACCAGGAGCAGUUCAUGCGGGAUGAAGUCGUGGCAGAACCUUUGCCAAACAAGGAAUUGGUCAAGUGCUGAUGAAUGCAUCGUGGACUGUGCUGCUUUGGGAUGAGAAAGUAUGGGGAUGGUGACUGUGGGAAGAGUUGUGGUUCUCCUUCUGGAAGUGCUUGCUGCUGUGGGAUACAAAUGCAAUAACUGUCUGUCUUCUUAACGUGAUUGAGAGUUUGCUGAGAUAUUAAACACAUUAAUGUAUUUUGUUCUGAAGGGUUAUACUUAAAAAAAAAAAAAUAUAUAUAUAUAAAUUGCUCAAUGUAUUCCAGAAGACUUGAGGAUUAUGAUCCUGAUUUGCAGUAAGUUAAUACACAGAAGAAGAGUAGGGAGUUGGGAAAUCAUAACAUUUAGUCUAGCAGUGGCUUCUUAGCCUAUGGAGAAAAACAGGCUUUGUGUGGAUAUACAUGCGAGUGUAAAAUGGCACAGAGAGCUGAAAUGCUCAGAGGCAAGAAUAGGACACAAUGCUAUACAGAGUUGACACAGUGCAGCUUCUCCCAGAAUGUGGGCUUGUGUACUUCCAGCCUGUACUGAAUAUGGGAGAAAACGAGACCCAGACCAACGUUUACCCAGUGUUGGUAAAUUGUCUUUACACCUGUAAGCACAGGGAAGGUGCAGAUCCUUGUAUCUGCACUGGGGGCAACACUUGAGCUGGGGCAGAUUUGUUUCUUAAAUUGCUUCUAAAGUUGCUUUGAAAGAACUUUGGUAGUUGUUACCAAAUGACUCUGACAUAAUAAUGAUAUACUUUUGAAGGUGUUUCGUGGAGUCAGCUUUAUUUAACCCCUGCACAGCUACUAACGUGCAGACAGACUGGAACUCGAAGUGGGUUGUAUUUUACCCCUAUAUUCUCAACAACUUUGUGAUUUGACUGUCGCAGUAGAUAUAAAACGGGCUGCAGUUCUUGUGCCAUUUGUAAUAAAUUCCCCAGCCUUUCUUUAUUAGAUUCUGUCACUUCAUAGAUAGGAGAUGGACACAUUUCACUUAACAAAUAAAGACAUUCUUUAAGGUAGAAAAGAGUUAUGAGAACAUACUCCACAUUGAUUCCAGGACUGCUUCUUGAAUUACAAGCCACUGCACUUGAAUAUUUACUUAAAAUGAUGGUCAUUCCUGUGUUUUAAUAGGAUUUGGCAUCUGUGAAGGUAAAUCUGGGGAAAAGUACCUGUGAAGAGUUUAUUUAGCUAUUUUGCUCCAGGCACUAAUGAUAAACAAGUUUUACUUGAUUCUUGCAUUUAGUUAUUUUUGUUCUUAGAGCGUUCUGUGAAUGUUGAAGAUGAACGUUCUAGUUAUUUUAAGAAAAGGAGAUAAAAAACCCUACAUCUGGUUGGGAGUUUUGAAUGCAAUAAGCACAACCCGGAGUGUUUCCAUGCCUAAACCAGGAGGUGGCACUCGUGUUCCUUUGACAUAUGUGCUUUUAAAAAAUAAAUGUUGUGGUACUUUGGUUAGCUAUGCCUUAUCAAAUAUUUAUUUUUACUAUUUAAAUAAAGAUGUUUAAGAGUCCAUCA